AUGUUCAGGGCAAAAGUGGUGCCGAAAUCGCGUCAACAAGAUGAUGAAAUGCUGCUCGACAAAGAUCGAAUCUCCAGGUUACCAGCUCGAUGCACUCGUGCUCAGUAUUACUGGUUUGCUCUGGUGCUAGUUAUAAUGCUCACAACUGGAAUCAGCGGUUUAUGUUUGCUCCGAAUAGACAGCUUGAGCCCAGAGAUUGUCACUCUUGACCGGAACGCAACGACAGCAACGACGGCUACAAAUAAAACACCUACUAGUCUUCGGAUUGGAGAUCAGAAUGAAACAUCUGUCAGCCUUCAACCCAAAGAUCAAUACAAGACUCCUACUAGUCUUCAAAUCGAAGACCAAAAUACGACAUCUACCAGUCUUCAGAUUGAAGAUCAAGACAAGACUCAAAUCUUAGAUCAAGACAAGACAUCCGCCAAUCUUCGGAUUGGUGACCAAGACAAUACACCUCAUCAGAAACGCCAAGUAGACCAGAAACGAUUCGCCUACUUCUUCUACGUGACCAGCAACACGUAUGCGUGCGCAGCGAUACAAUUCAUUCACCACCUCGUUAACGAUCUCCAAAUGAACUCGAGUCGCAUCGAUGUUGUCGUGAUGCAUACUAUUCAUGCCAAUGCCCCGCUUCUCCAUAAACUACAAGAUCGAUAUCACGUUCGCACUAUACUCGUUGACUCAGUAAAGGCCGACGCAACAGAGCCGACCUGGAGAGAGUCAUUGACCAAGCUCCGGGCAUUCCAGGACUGGGGAUACGAUCGCGUCGUGUUCUUUGACGCAGACGCUGUACCCAUGGCUAACCUGGACCACCUUUUCGAUUUGCCCCCUGCCACUCUAUAUGCCCCAACAGCGUAUUGGCUCGAGCAGCCAUUUUUCGCUAGUACGCUGCUGGUAAUCGAGCCGAGCGAUGAAAUCUUCAACGAUAUGAUUCGAUGGGCACGCGAGCGAGGGCCUGCUGCCGGCUUUGACAUGGAUAUUCUCAAUACGUACUUUGCAAAUUCGGUACGAUACCUGCCAGGAGUGUAUACUGUGCUCAAUUCGGACUUUCGUCGUGCACCCACUGAGAAAUCGACUCUAUUCGAUACAACAGCUGAGCUGAAGGAGAAAACCCGACUAGUGCAUUUUUCGUGCAAACCUGAUGGGUCGUACGGUAAGCCGUGGAAUUGGCCAUCGCACGAUUUGAGCUUGCUUGAUGGUGCACGGUUUGAUCCAUUAUUUCGGCAACUGUUUGUGGAAUACUGGCACGGAGAACAGGAGCUUUGUGCAAGCUAA